AUGGCCGGCGAGCAUACCUGUGGACGCUGCCUACAGGUGCUCCAGCGAGGAGCCAUUGGACCCACCUCCCCCGUUACAAUGCUUCGAAGGCUACCGGUCUCCAGACGAACAUGUCCCGCUUCUGUGCGAAACUUUGGCUCACGAAGCCUGUCCUCCAAGAACCUGCAAGGGCAGGCAAAACGAGCAUCGCCCCAUAGCCUUCAGAAUGUUUCCCAUAAUAUCCAAAACCUCCGGUCUAAGGCUUCGUCCGCGACAUUGGGUCACUUUCAGCAGGACCGGUCGUUGCUGAAGCCUAAUAAUCUAUUCCACCCGUUCACCCAGUCCCCGGCCGCUGCGAUCCGACAGCGUGCUGCCUUCAUCAAGCAAAACUCCUUCUGCCCUCAUCCGAGCCACCAGCAAACGCGCGCGCCCGUAUCGCCCCACGAUCCCGAGUCACGCAAGUGCCAGCACGGGUCGAGUCUUCCCCCGGCCCAUUCCCACUUUGAAUGUCCCGACUGCGGUGUCCCAAUUUACUGUUCGGAGGGACAUUGGAUGGACGACUUCGAGGCGCACCUGGAAAUUUGCGAGACCAUCCGACAGAUCAACGAGGAUGACCAUGACCUACAUUCGGGACGCUUCUUCCCGGAGUUUGUCUAUCCCGGUUUGCAGGAUGAGAACUUUGUCAUCAACAUGACCAAUUGGGACACUUUCCUCUAUACGCGGGAGUUCGACGCGAUCAAUGACGACCGGAGCAUGAGACAAGUGACUCGGAUGCUUACCUACCCGCUUACGAUUGGAAGUGUACUACAUGAGCUCAGCCCCUAUAGCGUUCGGAAAUCCGGCAGACUCACCACCGAAGGCCUGAAAAGUGUGAGCGCUCUGCGAUACACCCUGCACCCCCCCAAGACCGGAGAAGGAGUCGAUGUCAAAGGGCUCCGGUUGAAAGCGCCGCCCGUCCGGAUUUUCAUUCUGGGCGCACGCGCCGAGUCGUCCCUGCCCCGUGAUGUCUGGCUGCAGCUCAGCCACAUCUUCCCGCGAUCCCUGAUCCACCUCAUCUUCAUUGGACCGGAGAGCAUGGCCAACCGCGACGAAGAAUUCCCGCUUCCGGAGCGCACGCCGGAGAACCCGUUCGGCGGGAUCGUCGAGGACCGACUAGGCGGACAGUUCAAGAUCACAACCUACGUCGACUACUUCCACACGAUGUACAACGCGCAGUACUUCCAGCCGUUCGACCCCUACCUGGACUGCUUCAUGCUCUUCCAUCCUGGUCUCGGCCACCCUGCGAGCUCGCACGAGUGGGAAGAAACCCUGCCGCAGCUUCUCGAGACCAAGGUCCCCAUCCUCAGCACCGGGUACACCCAGUGGGACAUGGAGAGGGACAUCAAGUGGGUUAAUGACAAAUGCGCCGGGGAAUUCGACAUCUUGCUGGAACCCGGGGAGAAUAUCUUCCGCAGUCUACGGUGGGAUCUGAAUGACCUGGACCCUCAUGACGUUUCCUGCGGCAAUUGGGGCGUAUGGGCAUUCCGAGGAAAACGGUACGAGGCAACUUACAAGGAAACAUAG